UGUGCUGUGCCCUGUGUGUGCUGUGCCCUGUGUGUGCUGUGCCCUGUGUGUGCUGUGCCCGGUGUUUCGCAUUUGGGGAGGAACACUGAUUUCCGGUGCAUCAUUUUCCCCGAGAGCUCCGGCGGUAAAUGCGUCAUAGCGCACGCAGGGCGGAGCGGCCACAGCCGAAGGGUCCAGGCGUUUGGCACCCACCCUCCCCAGCCAAGCCACCCAUCCAUCCAGUCACUCAGCCAGCCAUCCACCCCGCACACCCCGCCAGCCGUCAGCCCAUCCCUUCCUCCGACGAGUCGCUCCCACCCACUCACCCACCCUCCCGAGCUCGGCAGCCUCCACGCAGCGUCCCCCCGGCCAGCGGCUCCACUUCUCCUGCCUCCUCCGCACAGCUCCGGGAGCGACUCCGCCGUUCACAAUGCCCGUACGAAGAGGCCACGUUGCGCCGCAAAACACCUACUUGGACACAAUCAUUCGGAAAUUUGAAGGGCAGAAUCGAAAAUUUUUGAUUGCAAAUGCCCGCGCGGAGAACUGCGCCAUAAUCUUCUGUAACGAUGGCUUCUGCGAGCUGUGCGGCUUCUCGCGAUUCGAGAUCAUGCAGAAGCCGUGCACCUGUGACUUCCUGCACGGCCCGGGCACGUCAAAGCUCUCCAUCACACAGGUGUCGCAGGCACUCGUGGGCUCGGAAGAGCGCAAGGUGGAGAUCCUCUACUACCGCAAGGACGGAACUUGCUUCCUGUGCAACACCAUCAUCGUCCCUGUGAAGAAUGAAAUUGGUGAAAUCAUCAUGUUCAUCCUUAACUUUGACGACGUGACGGAGCGGACGUCACUCAAGUCCGAAGAGGUUGUCAACCAUGCAGGCGUGCAGUCCCGGAUCGCCGCAUACACGGGAAAGGCGCUCCGUCUCAAGUUUCAGUCUCUGCGCACCAUCGCGGCGAGCAAGCUGUCGCUCCCGCGGGAGGACCCGGACUCGGUGCUGGUGGAGGCGCCGGUGCCGCGGCACCGGCCGGGCACGAGCGGCGUGAGCAGCGGCGAGGCGCUGGCACUGCGCCGCGUGCGCUCCUCCUCGUCCCGCGACGGCUCGCUGCAGUCGCACCCCGAAGACACGCGCGUGCUCAUCGACUCCUCGCCCGCCCGCUCCAACCACUCAGGCAUGCCGGUCACCACCACGCCGCCGCCGCCCCCGCCCCCGGCUGCGCCUCUGUCGCUCGGUCACUCCUCCCCGAGGCACCUGGCGCACCAGCAGCUCGUGCAGCAGCACCAGCAGCUGUCUAACAUGGACCGCUUGCACGUGCUGGACGUGGCGUGCUCCAACUCAAACCUGGCACACAUCCGCUCCAAGGAGAGCCUGCACAGCCUGCGGAGGGCAUCCUCGGCCGACGAUAUUGAGGCGAUGCGCGGAGACUCGGAGCGGCCGUUUCGCGAUCGUCACGGCACGACAGUGGACAGAGGAAGGCAUAUACGAGAUACUUCAAACCAUAUUAGGCCUGCAUUUCUUAACUCCACAUCCGACUCGGAUCUGAUGAAGUACCGGGCCAUCAGCAAACUCCCACAACUCACCUUCAACUUUUCCGACUUCCGCUCCGACAAAACCGUGGUGACACCGCCCUCUUCAGAGAAGAACUUCAUCCCGCCCAAAGUAAAGGAGAAGACGCACCACGUGACAGAGAAGGUCACCCAGGUCCUGUCGCUGGGAGCAGACGUCCUGCCGGAAUAUAAGCUGCAGGCGCCGCGCAUCCACAAGUGGACCAUCCUGCACUACAGCCCUUUCAAGGCGGUGUGGGACUGGCUCAUCCUUCUGCUCGUCAUAUACACGGCCAUAUUCACGCCCUACACGGCUGCCUUCCUGCUGAGCGAUCAGCAGGUGGAGAAUGAGCGACAAAAGUGCGGCUACUCCUGCAACCCGCUCAACAUCGUCGACCUCAUGGUGGACAUCAUGUUCAUGGUGGACAUCUUCAUAAACUUUCGCACCACCUACAUCAACAAGAAUGAAGAGGUGGUGAGCCAUCCGGGCAAGAUUGCCAUUCAUUACUUCAAAGGCUGGUUCCUCAUCGACAUGGUGGCAGCCAUUCCCUUUGACCUGCUCAUAUUUGGCUCCGGCUCUGGCUCUGGAGAGACAACAACGCUCAUCGGGCUGCUGAAGACGGCGCGGCUGCUGCGUCUGGUGCGCGUCGCGCGCAAACUCGACCGCUAUUCCGAGUAUGGAGCGGCCGUCCUCGUGCUGCUCAUGUGCACGUUCGCGCUCAUCGCACACUGGUUGGCCUGCAUCUGGUAUGCCAUCGGCAACAUGGAACGCCCCGUGGACAGUUUAGCUAAGGAUCGCAUCGGGUGGCUGGAUCAACUAGGUGGCCAGAUUGGAAAGCCCUACAACGAUACAGACACAUCCUCAGGCCCCUCCAUCAAGGACAAGUACGUCACAGCCCUUUACUUCACCUUCAGUAGCCUGACAAGUGUGGGCUUUGGCAACGUGUCGCCCAACACCAACUACGAAAAGAUCUUCUCCAUCUGCGUCAUGCUCAUUGGAUCCCUCAUGUACGCCAGCAUCUUCGGUAACGUAUCGGCCAUCAUACAGCGACUGUACUCGGGCACGGCGCGCUACCACACGCAGAUGCUGCGCGUCAAAGAGUUCAUCCGCUUCCACCAGAUCCCCAACCCACUGCGGCAGCGCCUGGAGGAGUACUUCCAGCACGCCUGGUCCUACACCAAUGGAAUCGACAUGAACAUGGUGCUAAAAGGCUUCCCCGAGUGUCUACAGGCUGACAUUUGUUUGCACCUCAAUCGAACGCUGCUGGAGAGCUGCAAGGCCUUUAAUGGGGCCAGCAAGGGUUGCCUCCGCGCCCUGGCCAUGAAGUUCAAGACGACGCAUGCUCCACCCGGAGACACGCUGGUCCACAGCGGGGACGUCAUCACAGCCAUGUACUUCCUUUCGCGAGGAUCCAUCGAGAUCCUUCGCGAGGACAUUGUGGUGGCUAUUUUGGGUAAAAAUGACAUUUUCGGGGAACCCGUCAACCAGUACUCGCGUCCCGGGAAAUCCAGUGCAGACGUGCGGGCGUUGACCUACUGUGACCUGCACAAGAUUGUGCGCGAGGACAUGCUGGAGGUCCUGGACAUGUACCCGGAAUUCUCCGAACACUUCUGGCCCAGCCUGGAGAUUACCUUCAACCUGCGAGACAUAAGCUCAAAAACUGAAAUUAUCCCCAGAUCCCCUUGGAGUUAUGAGUCAGAUGGAGCUUAUGGAAAACUUAGAAAACGGAAAUUGUCAUUCAGGCGUCGAACAGAAAAAGAUGAGAGGGUUGAGGACGACGGCGACGCCAAGGCGAGCGACACGUGGCCAGCGCGAAGGCCUCGCAGGCGAGGUGGGCGCCGAGGGCCGGGCCGGCAGGAGAGUGCCACCACCUUCUCGGCUUCCAGCGAAGGAGAAGGAGAUGACGACGACGGCGGCGGCGGCGGCGGCGGCACCGCGAAGCAAAAGGACAAUGGGGCCGAGGCUGUGAAGGCAGUGUCGCGAAUCGUGGAGCUGUCCCCGGAGUGCGCCGGUUGCGACAUCACACCGGCCGACCUCAGCUUCAGCUCACCGCUUACGGCCGCCGUGAGGCCACGGGACCGAGGAGGCCUCAUCUCCGGAGCAUUAUCGGGAGUGUCGGCAAUGCUGGGCAGCAUGUGGGGCGAAGGCAAGCACGAGUACCAAGAGGUGCCCAAGCGCUCCGUGUCCGAGCAGGACGUCCUGCGGGAAGGCGGAGGCCGCACUGAGGUUCCGCACGAGAGACUUGACAGGCGACUCGACCUGAUGCAGCAACAGCUCAGCAGGCUGGAGUCACGCAUGGCCUCAGAUGUCGGGGUCAUCCUACAGCUGCUACAGAGACAAGCAGUGCUGGUGCCACCGGCGUACAGCGCCAUGUCGCUUGCGAAUCACGCUGCCGAUUCUGAAGCCUGUGACCGUGCCGGCCCGUCAGGGCACACGGCCGUCUCCACCCACUCGGAAGUAACCACUGCCUCCAGCAGCCAGAGCCGCAUGCAUUCUGACUAUGACAUGUGCAAGCACAAGUCGAAGGAUUCCAUCGCCUCCAAUACACUGGAUUCCAGGGCGCCGGUAGAUGCCCUCUCCGAUGCCCUUUGUGACGACACUGUGGCCUUGACCUUCUUGGACCCUGAGCAGCAGCCGCUCAUUGUGGGCCUGGAGGAGGACGAACAAGACGACGUAGAGUGUGGGAACGAACCAGCUCGGGAGGCAGCGUCGACCGCGGCUAUGACGGUGGCAGCACACACAAGCGCCACUCGUCACCCAUCCUUGCCAGACCCUGGUCCCGCCAGCCCCUCAGAGAUCCCCUUGCUGCUGCGGCACCACAUGUCAGACCCGGGUCUUCCAGGGAGCUAAGCAUCUCUGGGAAUGGGUUUUUUUUUUGGUUUGGUCUUUUUUUUUUUUAUCUGCUUUUAGUUUCAUCCCGACUUCCCCGAUGACUCGGUUCUCCAGAAGAAAAAAAAAGGUCUGGAUUGAGCCGUAAUUCCCCAGUUACCACACGCUCAGGGUUAACGCAAUCGGAGGCUGCUUCCAUUUUGUACGACUUGCAGGAUUCACAGCAAGAAUGCGCAGAGUUUUAUGUGGUCGCAAGCCGAGGGUACUCAACGCUGAAUGUGAAUUGCGACUGUAUGAGUUUUGUAAAAAGGGUAACACACAAUCCUGCCAUGCAAAAACAUUCGAAGACAAACGCAGCAAAGAUGACUGCAACUUUUACACCGGCUCACCGAAGAUGCUGGAUUCACAGACACCUGAGGAUCUGCCAUCGCGGAUCAUCUGCCCUUUGCUGGCGAGCAGCACUAGUGAUGUAUCCUCAGUGAGUUAAAGAGACAUUCGUGAAAAAAAAAACCAAGUGUCAACAUUUACUUGUAGGUCAAAAGUGAAAGCACAUGGCAACUGGAGAAAGCCGUUGGUGUGGUGUGAAACAUAUCAAUGUACGUAUUCACCGUUUCUCUAUUGGCGUAAGUUUCAGUGCUGACCAUGUAUUACACAGGCAGGAUAUUGAGAGCACCUUUGGGAACUGUCAAGAGAUGAUGGCGGCCGAUGAUCUGUUCUGUCAAACAAUUUUGAUGUUGACAGUGAAAUGUCAAUGGUGUAUGAAUGUGGGCAAGAGAAGCUUCCCGAUGUCGCAUCAGUAUUAUUGACACGGCUACUUUGGCAUCCCAUAAGGUGUUUUAUAGCUGAGCCAGUAGAAGAUCAGACUUGCCAUAAGUUAACAAAAUAAAUAAAAACGUAUCCUGGCUCCAACUAUGGUCGUGCAUGUUGAGGUUUUAAUUUUGUUAAUUUUUGUAAAUUACUGACACUAGAUUAAUCUCGUUGCUGUGGCAUUAAACAUACUAUGAAUGCAUUAUACUAAAAUAAUCUACCAUGCAUAACCACAAAUUAAUCUCGCGUGUAAAUAUAUAACAUACAGUACAUGCACACCUUUAUGAAUGUACAUAACUUCACUGUACAUUAAAAACAUAAAUACGUUGUGACAUGUGACAGUCAAAUGUAUGCAAUGCUUAUGAUAGGUUUUAAUAUUCAAGGUUUAUUUUACCAAGUUUUUGAUAUUCUUUACACUGGCGGUUUUUGACGUUCAACAGUGCAAUUUACUCCUCCAUCAAGCUGUUAGAUGCCUUCAUAUGUUAGUGUACUUGAAUGCCGCUUGCUUUAAUCCAUUAUAUGCAAUAACAAAUUAAAAGCCGGUAGGCUGAACACUUCACUUUGCUUUGCUGUUAUACAUUUUACCCAUAUUGCAUAGCUUGAUAUUUGCCUACUUUGCAAAUUAGCAAGCAAAUAAUUUGUUGAUAUGCAGACUCGCCAAAGCUUGCCCAAUCAAACGUCAGUUGAAAUACUGAAUCAUCUCAUUAAGCAAUCGCAGCUGCAAAUUUACAUGAUUUGUGAAUGCAACAUUAACAAUGUAUCAACAUCCCUCGUCGUUUUUUUUGUUUUAACCGCCGCGUGUUUUGGCAUGAUAUCCUACGUUCCGCGGCAUCAUUCUGCAAGCUUCUUUAGGAACUAAAAUUGGACCGCUCAUUUUAUCCCUCGGUAUGCCCAAAUCGGCUACAGCUAAGAGGGCAUGCAGCGAAACAUCGGACAUCAUUCCUGAACAUGCGACACAACCUGAAAACACAUCUGAGAGAUAGAUACAUAUAUACCAGCACAAACGUGAAAUCGUACACAGUAGUAUAGCACAAAAUUAACUUUUCUCUAAAAUAGUAUGUACACUGAUACACGUACUAAGAUGCAUUUAGUGUAAUUUUUUUUUUGUUUUAUCCUGAAUUUGUGCAAAUGUCACUGUAAUGUGCUGUAUAUUUAAAGGUUAUUGUAGUGAAUGCACUAUUUUCAUGCAAUAUAAGACAUGGGACUGAAUUUUGUUAGACUUUUUUUAAGCCUAAAAAUGCACAAAAAUUGCACGCUUUUUUUCCUCCCCAACUUCGUAUAUUUCUUACAGAAAUGUAGCACAAAUCUUUACCAGCAAGCCAUUGCACACUGUGGUGAUGUAUUGAAAUAAAGCAGGACGUAGAUAUUUCCUUCAUGUAUAAACAAGCCAUGGCAUGUACUGUAUUCAUAUUUUUUUAAAUUAAACUAAAUUUAUUUUGUUAUAAUCUGCCACAACAAUUGAGGACUUUAAAUUGAGGUGAACCAUAUUUUUCCAUCCAAGAUGCAAAUGUCACGAGGGGACAAAUACAUGUCCUAAGAAUGUUAAUGUAGCAAUACUUUCGUUUCCAUGCUGCCUGCUUAAAUGUUCACGUUUCCACAAGUCCAGUGUAACGACGUUGCUUUGUUGUUAACGAGUAAAAUCUUAAGUUUCAUGGGGGGCAAUUGUUCCUAUAUUGGUAAUUUUUCUUAGCUUUGAAAAUGCAACACAAUGCAAGGGCGUUUGCUUCAUAAUGGUUUUACCACAUGCAGUUCAUUUCAGCGACGUAUUCACCUCCUCCAGAAACCACCCUCCUUCCCUUAGAGAGCGUACACAACAUACAUGUUUUGUACCACGUUUGACCUAAACCAACAAUGGUCCAUCGGAAGCAGGAGCCAUCUGAAAUAAUUUGAGAGCUUGUGUAAAAAAAUGUAAAAUUCAACAUUUACUCAAUUUGAGUGCCAACGUUAAGCACAGCGACACAACGUAAAAUAUAUUUUAAAAAAUAAUCCUACCUUUAUUGUUGUCAAACGCCAUUGCAUGAAAAAUAACCAAAUGUAGCACACGUGUGUGUAUCUUUAGUGACUGGCGCAUAUGAAGAUAACAUUGUUCAUACAGUAUAAGCUGCAUAGUCCAGUGGGUAAAAUAAUGGACUUGUUUAACCCACGACAAACUAAAAUAUAAACCAAUAAAAAAUGCAUGCUGCACUGCACAUUACCGUUACGCAUGAAAAAGGUGUUAAUUACAGUACAUAGACCUAGAUAUUUUGCAUUUCUUUGAAAAUAUUUAAUCAUUUGUAGUAUAUUUAUCUGCACUUUAAAAGUUAUGCAUUGUUUUUCUCCUGUACUGUAAGUGGUCAGUGCAUUAGGUCACCAAACGUUUAGGUUUUUAGACUACAUUUUGAGAUUAGAAUAAUUUUCCAAAUAUUUUUUAACGGACAAGAUGUAUGAACAAGUACAUUUUCUUCUGACGUCUAUUGGUGGGGUAGGGGGGGUACCUCUGCAGUUUGUUCCCAACGUACUCAAUGGGUGUGAAUAUUAUUUUCCUUGUGUUUAAGGGUUGACAAAUUAAAACAUACUAGAAUAAUGAAUUUGAUCAUUUUCAAAACUGUAACUGAAUAAAAUCUAUGCAGAUGAAAAUUA